AUGCAUAUGUCUUUUGGGUCAAGAAGAUUCGGUGGCACACUUUUUGCUGCCUCAAGAAACGAUAUGGCAAAGCUUGCCGCUGACUACCAGGAAUUAUUGAAAGAACUGUCAACAUCUAAUUUAAAAUCUGUUGGUAAUUAUUCCUUGGAGACAACACUUGGCGAAGGUUCAUUUGGAAAAGUUAAACUUGCAACGCAUAAAUUGACUGGUCAAAAGGUUGCAAUAAAAAUAAUACCAAAGAUUCAUGCAGAAAAUUUGACAAGAGAGAUUUAUCAUCAUCGAUAUUUACAUCAUCCACAUAUCGUAUCAUUAUUGGAAGUAAUAUCAACAGAAACUAACAUAUAUAUUGUAAUGGAAUAUUGUGAAAAGGGCGAAUUGUUCGAUUUUUUACUUUUACAAGGAGGACGGCUAAAAGAAAAUUUGGCUAGAAAAAUAUUCUAUCAAAUAUGUGAUUUUGGUUUUACGAGAGAAUGUGAAAGCAAAAGAUUGUUAGAAACAAUAUGUGGAUCCACGGGAUAUUCUGCUCCAGAAAUGCUUUCUGGUAAAAAAUAUUCUGGUUUAGAGGUUGACAUAUGGUCACUAGGUGUAAUAUUAUAUACAUUGCUUUGUGGCUCGUUACCAUUUGAUGAUGAUAAUGAAUUAGUGAUGAAAGAAAAAAUAAUAAAAGGAGAAUUUGUAUUUGAAGACUUUUUAUCUGAUGAGGCAAAAGAUCUAAUAAGAAUGAUGUUAAGUAUGGAACCAACUGAAAGACCUACAGCAAGACAAAUUUUGCAACAUUCAUGUAUUAAUAGUGCCCCAUCAGCUUUUCAAACUAGAAUGAAUGGGUUAACUCAUCAUCGUAAUAAUUCCUUGAUAUCCAAACAAUCACCAUCAAAACCAGCAAAUUUGCCUCCUAUACCUUCAUCACCCAUAUCACCAUCAUUAUCAUCACCCUCUCUUCCUCCUACCCCUCCUAUAUCACAUAAUGAUUCUACAUCAUCAACGUCAAUAUCAUCAACAAAAACAUCAACAAAAAUAUCACUGUCAUCAAAAUCAUCGUCAAGAUCACCUCUGCCUUCAAUAACAUCAUUACCACCUAUAUUAUCAUCACCUCCAUCAUCUCCAUCAUCUCCAUCAUCUUCAAAUCAUGGUAACACGACACCAACAAAAAUAACACCAUCUGCAUCAACGAAAAUAACACCACUAUCAUUGUCAGCAUCAACAUCAAUAAACACAUCAUCAAUAAACACAUCAUCAACAAACACAUCAACACCAAGAACUUCCAAUGUACAAUCAUUAUCAUUGACAUUGUCAACGACAAAAUCAUGGGGCCCAUCACAAUCUACUACAUCAAGAGCAUCUAAAAGGUCAUCUGUUGAUAGUAAAACACUUAAUGAAAAAAUCUUUUUCACGACACCUGAAGAAAUCGAAUUAUUGGAGAAACUGGAUGAUUUGGGAUUUGAUGUGGAUUCGAUGAAAACAAGCGUUUUAGAGGGUAGUUGUGAUUCAGCCAGCGGACUUUGGUGGUUGUUACUAGCCAAGCAGAGAGAGAAAAAAAGUACAUCAUCAUCUCCUCGACAAAAUAUUAUGGUUGAUGUAGCAGUUGAAGAGUUUACAGAAUCAUCAACUGAAGGUAAUGACUAUGAAUAUGAUUAUGAUAACCAACCAGUACCAUCACCUGGUGACAUAUUACCACCUACACCACCACCUAGAACAUAUCAUACUGCUCCUGCAUCACGAGAACGAAGAAAGUCAUUAAUUUUACCGUCACCCGAAGCCGUUGAGCCUGUUUUAACACCAAUUACAGCUAUUGCUUCACCGCCAUUAUCACCUAAAAAUUAUUCAACAUUACCAAGUGCUAAAAGUUCAAGGUCUAAGAAUUAUGGCAUGACUUCCAUUGAUGCUAGUAUGAAAGCAGCCAGUGACAUUUAUGAAAAAGGAGUAUAUAAAUCUAGAGUUAUAAGAAAAUGUUCAUCAUAUUGGUUAAACCAUGGUACACUGCCAAAAUCAUUACAAGGUUGCCAUCAGAAAACAAAGUCUUUCAUUGAUGAUGAAGAUGUGAUUGAACAAUCAUUAAAUUUUGUCAGAACAAAUGGCAAUAAAGUAACACCUUGUAAAUACAAAGAUUUUGUUAACAAGAUAAUAUCUGUCAGAAUCAGAAGUAUUUUUGGCGAACACGCAAUUAAGGUGGCUGUAAAAUUGCAUUUCAAUGGAUCAAAUUCUGAGCUUGCAAACUAA